UCUACAUGCUUGACUCAGGGAUGAGCACAGGCAGAGUCAACGCAUACAGCAUAGUAUCCUCUGAGGAAGACGGGCUGAGGUUGACCACCAUGCCAGGACUCAACGGCUUUGGGAACGGUAAGAUCCACACCAGAAGGAAAUGCCGAAACAGGUUCGUGAAGAAGAAUGGCCAGUGCAAUGUCGAGUUCACCAACAUGGAUGACAAGCCUCAAAGAUACAUCGCGGACAUGUUCACGACAUGCGUCGACAUCCGCUGGAGGUACAUGUUGUUGCUCUUCUCCCUGGCCUUUCUGGUGUCCUGGUUAUUAUUUGGGCUGAUUUUCUGGCUCAUUGCACUUGUCCAUGGAGACCUAGAAAACCCAGCCGGGGAUGACAACUUCAAGCCUUGCGUUCUUCAUGUGAACGGCUUUGGGGCUGCUUUUCUGUUCUCCAUUGAAACCCAAACGACGAUCGGCUAUGGAUUCCGCUGCGUGACAGAGGAGUGCCCGCUAGCCGUCUUCAUGGUGGUGGUGCAAUCCAUUGUGGGGUGUAUAAUCGACUCCUUCAUGAUUGGGGCAAUCAUGGCAAAGAUGGCCAGGCCCAAGAAAAGGGCCCAAACGUUACUUUUCAGCCAUAACGCUGUCGUGGCCAUGAGAGAUGGGAAGCUCUGCCUGAUGUGGAGAGUUGGGAACCUUCGAAAAAGCCACAUUGUGGAAGCCCACGUGAGAGCUCAGUUAAUUAAGCCUCGAAUCACCGAGGAGGGGGAGUAUAUCCCCCUCGAUCAAAUAGACAUUGACGUUGGGUUUGACAAAGGCUUGGACCGUAUUUUCUUGGUGUCACCAAUCACUAUUCUUCAUGAGAUCAAUGAGGAAAGCCCGCUGUUUGGAAUUAGCCACCAGGACCUGGAAACAGAUGACUUUGAAAUUGUGGUGAUCCUUGAAGGGAUGGUAGAAGCCACAGCCAUGACGACACAAGCUCGGAGCUCCUACCUGGCCAGCGAGAUCCUUUGGGGUCACCGCUUUGAGCCCGUCCUGUUUGAGGAGAAAAACCAGUACAAAGUAGACUACUCGCACUUCCACAAAACCUAUGAGGUGCCGUCAACUCCGCGGUGCAGUGCUAAGGACUUAGUGGAGAACAAAUUCCUGCUCCCUAGCACCAACUCCUUCUGCUACGAGAAUGAACUUGCCUUCAUGAGCCGUGAUGAGGAGGAGGAGGAGGAAGAGGACGAUGACAGCAGGGGUCUGGAUGACCUGAACCCGGACAACAGGCAUGAAUUUGACCGGCUUCAGGCCACAAUAGCACUGGAUCAGAGGUCCUAUAGAAGGGAGUCUGAAAUAUGACCCAGGGCCCCUUCGCUAACUGUUCUGAGGUUAUUUUUCCUCUCAUCUCUUCCCCUACCACCUGCUCAAAUUAUGCAGAACAAUGCAAGUGCCAUAGGAAUGCUUGAGAAAUUAGUAUUGUUUGUAGUUUUAAGUUUCAUUGCAAUAACCACUGAACGGUCUGUGAUAGGAAACCACAGCAGGCCACAGAGUGUUUUGAACUUCCGGUGUUGAUAAAGUUAUUAGAAAAUGUACUGGAAGCAGAUUCAAUAUGGCGGCACAGCUAAGGGAGAACACCGGGGGCGGGCUAUGCAGGAGUAUCGUCUUUGCACGCAGAGAGCUGGUGAUUUUGUCUUCUUUCACUCUGUGAAAAUGAAAGCAUUUUCAUGGAGCUGAGCUCUGCGAGGUUCGAAAGGAGGAAAUAUCAGGAAACAAAUCCUUUCUUUGUUUUUUUUUUUUUAACUGAUCACAAAAAUUAUAUAUAUAUUUCUGGCAGGAGAUGUGAUUCAGUUGCACAAGAACGACACUUGAAAACAUGUAACGUAACGUCCUCCUUUUUUAAUUUGGGGGAAGGGAAAUGAGGUUUUAAUUUGUCAACAUUGUGCUCGGGAGACUGUU